AGGGCCCACAAGACAUGUAGUUAGUUGCCCAUGCCCAGGACAUCUCCAAAACAUUGUACAUGUUCAUCACACCAGCCAUCGAAAAAAUACUGGAGAUGACAAAUUUGGAGGGUUUCUGUAAAUAUGGAGACAACUGGAAAAGGAUUGAUGAGAUUGACCUGCGUGCCUACAUAAGGCUGCUAAUCUUAGCGGGUGUAUAUAUAGGUCCCGAGGCUAGGCUACAUUUAGUCUCUGGGAUGCAGAGUGUGGAAGGGCGAUUUUCCAUGCCACAAUGCCACUCAAAGUCUUCAACACUUCCUCAAGAAUGCUAUGUUUUGAUAACCGUGAGUCAAGACCUGCAAAACAUGUAAGAGACAAACUGGCGGCCAUAAGAGAGGUCUGGGAGGAGUGGUUGGAGCGUCUGCCAUACCUCUAUAACCCUGGGCCUGAAGUAACAGUGGAUGAGCAACUGGUUCCAUUCAGAGGUUGCUGUCCUUUCCGGCAGUAUAUGCCCAGCAAGCCAGCAAAGUAUGGCAUCAAGAUAUGGGUGGCCUGUGACACACAAUCCAGCUAUGCUUGGAAGAUGCAAGUCUACACAGGGAAGCCGACCGGUGGAGGCCUGGAGAAGAACCAGAUGACAGUCCUGGGCUGUGCUUGACGUGACAGAUGGAUUUAGGGGCACAAUGUCACGUGUGACAAGUUCUUCACCUCUUAUUAACUCAGCCAGCAGCUCCUGAAGAGGAAGAUCACCAUGGUUGGCACAGUUAGAAAGAACAAGCCUGAGUUCCCCCCCGUGCAAUCCUCGCAACAAGGGGGAGAGAGGCCUUCUCAUCAAAGUGUGCCUUCACCACCACUAUAGUUUCUUACCUCCCAAAGAGGAACAAGAAUGUGGUCCUCCUGAGCACACUGCACAAAACGGCUGAGACCAGUGAUCGUGAGGACAUGAAGCCAGCUGUCAUCCUGGACUUACAACCACAACAAA